AUGACGGUCGAGGCUACCUUCCGCGCCUUCAUCGACCACGUCAACGCCGGCCGCUGGGCCGACAUCGCCGAGCUCAUCCCCGGGGAUGGUCAGGUGACGUACAACAAGCGGGGGUACCCGCGCGACGAGUUCCUGGCCAAGCUGCGCCAGCGCAUCGGCGCCCUGCCCGAGGGCGCCUUCGAGAUCGAGACGGUUGUCAGCGACGAGGCCGCUCAGGUGGCCGCCGUCCGCAUCAUCUACCGCACCACACUGCCCGACGACUGGGAGGACAAGGACUGGGAGGACGUGGACGGUGGUACCGCCGGUGACGCGCGCGCCGGCACCACAGCGGCCGCCGCGGCUAGCCCGAGCAGGGGCAGGCGGCUUACGGGGCUGCACCACCUGUUCUGCUGGAUCAAGGACGGCCGCGUGCUGGACAUUGAGACCAUAGGUGACGUCGACGGCGUGUUCCGCGACGAGAACGUGGCCGCCAUGCCGCCGGACCUCGAGGCCGACGCGUCGAGGCGCCUCACGGCGGCCGAGAUGUCGGCAACGUACCGCGCCUACAUCGACUGCAUCAACGCGCGCACCAUGGACGCGGAGCUGGCGCGCUUCUGCCACCCGAGGGUGCGCCACAACGGCCGCGACCUUUCGCUGGCCGAGUACGGCGGCCUGAUGGAGGACGCGCAGCAGGCCAUCGAGGGGCUCAGCUUCGCCAUCCACACGCUGCUCGCCGACGAGGACGCCCAGCGCCUCGCCGUGCGCCUCGAGUUCGCCGGCGUGCCCCGCAAGCGCUGGGCCGGCAGCGUCGAGCCGUCGGGCGCCCCGCUCGAGCUGGGAGGCUUCGCCGAGCACGUCUACUACUGGUUGAACGACGGCCGCAUCGCCAGGGUCCUGAGCCUGGUCGACCUCGCCUCGUACCGGGAGCAGGUCCGCGCCGCCGCCGGGCCGAGCCCCCAGAGCCGCCGGCGUGUUUCGUAG